UGAUUCCUCAACCGUCCAUAGGUAAAAGUUUUUCUCUGUCGCGCUACACUAACUUAUCUACUUCUAUGUAGCACACCAAAACGUUUCUAGACGUUAUUCAGAGACCCACUCGUCCAAACCUCCGCAGGUCUCAGCCAUGUCUCUAUCGGACCAGAGCCAACAGUGGUAUCCCACCAGCGUACAGGUAACUGUGCUUCAGGCAAGAAGCCUGAGGAUAAAGGGAAAAAAUGGCACCAACGACUCAUACGCCAUCAUGCAAGUGGCCAAGGAUAAAUUCGCUACAUCGGUGGCAGAAAAGAGUGUGGCACCGGUGUGGAAAGAGGAGGCCACGUUCGAGCUGCCGCUCUUCCACAACGGUAACACAGAGAAGUGUACGUUGCAUGUCCACGUAAUGCACCGGGCUCUCGUGGGAUCGGACAAGUUGCUCGGGCACGCAGUCAUCAACCUGUUGGAGCUCAGCGAGGUUAAAUCCCGCAAUAAGACUGAAUGGCAUAAGCUGUUGGAUAAGGCAGGCAAGCCAGACAAAGACAGGGGAGAGGUGCUGGUGGACAUCCAGUUUAUGAAGAACAACCUGACAGCCAGCAUGUUCGACCUCUCUGCUACAGACAAGCCGCGCUCGCGCCUGGGCAAGUUCAAGGACAAGGUUCGAGGCAAGAAGAAGGAGGGUCUGUCGGACUCAGCGUCUGCCGUGGUGCCGUCCUUCACCCAGGUUCUGACGGACAGCGAGGGAGAGGGGGAAGGGGAGGGAGGUGCAGACAAAGAAGAGAAAAAGAAGAAAAACAAGCUGAAGUCUCUGUUUUCCCCUAAAUCUAAUCUGCAGCGUCACGGACUAUCUCAAUCCAUGUCUGUCCUGGGCCCUCUGCCGGAGAAGGACUCCUCACUGAGUGGCAGCCCCUCCUCAGGCCUCAAUGAGGACUCCUCUGAAGGUAAAAAUAAAUUCAAGUUUCUGACCCAUAAGCGCACAGGCAGUUCCGACAGUAAGGCUUCUCAGGGCUCCCUGUCUCUAGGGCGCUCUAAGAUCCAUGCCCCGCUUGCAGAGCAGAGUAACCUGUGCAUCAACGGCAGUCACUUGUACACAGAACAUCCCCAUCCCCGGAGUGCACGCACCGGCUCCACCUUCAGCCUUGCCAGCUCAGGCCACGGUUCCAUGGAAGACCUACGCAGGGCCCAGGGCCGUAAGAGCUCCAGCACCUCCAUGGACUCUCUCACGGCCCUGAAGCAGCCCUCACCCUGGGCAGAGGGGGAGAGCAGCAGGGCAGAAGAGGAAGAGGAGGAAGAGGAAGAAAGAGUUAAGAUGGACGAGAUGAAGAGAAAGGAAGAGCAGGAAAGAAAGACGUUAGAGGAAGAGAGGAUGAGGAAGGAGGAACAAGAGAAAAGGAGGAUUGGGAAGGAGGUAGAAAGACUUAGGUUUGAGGAGGAAGAGAAAACAAGGAAGGAGGAGCAGGAAAACAGAAAGAGGAUGGAGGAGGAAAAGAUUAGGGUUGAGGAGGAAAGUAGAAUGAUGGAAGAGAAGAAGAGGAGACUGAAGGAGGAGGGAGAGGAGAGGGUAAAGAAGAAAGAACAGGAAAUGAUGAGGUUACAGGAGGAACAAAAGAGGUGGGAAGAAGAGGAAAGGAUGAGGCAAGAAGAGCAUGAAAGAAUGAAGAGGGAGGAUAGACUGAGGAAGGAGGAUGAGAGGAAAAUGAGGGAGGAGGAGGAAAGCUUGAAGAGGGAGAAAGAGGAGAGGAUUAAGGAGGAGGAAGAAAGGAUUAGGAGAGAACAAGAGGAAGAUAUGCAAAGAAGGGAGGAACGGCAGAGGGAGAUAAGGGAGGAGGAAGAAAGACUAAGGAUGGAAGAUGAGAUGAGGGAGGAAGAAGUAAGAGUGAAGAGAGAGCAGGAUAGGCUGAGAGAGGAGGAGAGAAGAGUGAGGGAGGAGGAAGAAAGAGUGAGGAAGGCCGAGGAGGAGGAGAGAAGAGUGAGGGAGGAGGAAGAAAGAGUGAGGAAGGCCGAGGAGGAAGAUAGGCUGAGAGCGGAGGAGAGAAGAGUAAGGGAGGAGGAAGAAAGAGUGAGGAAGGCCGAGGAGGAAGAUAGGCUGAGAGCGGAGGAGAGAAGAGUAAGGGAGGAGGAAGAAAGAGUGAGGAAGGCCGAGGAGGAAGAUAGGCUGAGAGCGGAGGAGAGAAGAGUGAGGGAGGAGGAAGAAAGAGUGAGGAAGGCCGAGGAGGAAGAUAGGCUGAGAGCGGAAAUGGGGAUAAAGAGGACAGAGGAGGAGGAAAGAAUUAAGAGGGAAGAGGAGGAUAGGCUGAGAAUGGAGGAAGAGGAGAGGAAGAUCAGGAAGGAGGAAGAGAGGAUAAGGAGAUUAGAGAGGGAGAUGUUGAGGAAGGAUGAAGAGCAGAGGAAGAUCAGGGAGGAGGAAGAGAGGAUAAGGAGAUCUGAGGAGGAGAUAUUGAGGAAGGAUGAAGAGGAGAGGAAGAUCAGGGAGGGGGAAGAGAGGAUAAGGAGAUUAGAGGAGGAGAGGCUGAGGAAGGAGGAAGCCGAAACAAUGAGGCUUGAAGAAAAAAGGGGCAAUGAACAGGAGAGGAGUGAUAAGGCGCAGAAAGAAAGAUUUAGGGUAGAGGAAGAAAAUAUGAAAACAGAGGAGUUGAGACAGGAAGAGAAAAGGAGAAAUGCACAGAUGGAGGAAGAGCAAAGGCGUGAGGAGGCAAGGGCACCGUUGGAGGAAGUUGAGAAGCAGAUGGAGCAGUAUAGCGAGGCAAAGGUCACCGUGUGCAAUAAUCCUUUUGAGGAAGUCUCUCCCAUCAGUUCAUUUGAUGACAGCUCUUCAAAUAAUCUGUUUGAGGAGAACCCUAUGACCACUACUGGACCCAUCAGCUGCCGGAUAAAUAAAGUAUCAGCAGUCAAGCCAAGACCCUCUUCAUGGGGGAACCCUUCAAAGCCUGCUAUAUCUUCCAACCUCUUCUUAUCGUCCUCGUCUCCUGAACUGGAGAGUUCUAUGGACUCCCCCAGAGGCACAAGGGAAAAUAGAGACGCUAUUGACCCGUCUACUAAUCUGAUGGAGAAGAAAGACCCUCCCCCUGUGGCUCCCAUCAAUCAGCCCUGGGCUCGUAAGGACAACUGGUCUAGUAAAUCUCAUUCUGCCACACCUACCCUCGCUAAAACAAAGCCAACAAAACCGCCCCCUCCCCUCAGAUGUCAAUCUUCCACGGCAUUGGUGGGAAGUGGGGAUGACCAGGGGAGUGUUAGUGGUAAGGACCAUUCCAGUGUCAGACAGGAUAAGGGCCCUGCUCCACUGCCUCCAGACAACCAGCGAUGGGCUCAUAAGGACAACUGGCCCAGUAAGUCCCCUGGUUCUGCCACUCCUACCCUCACCCAAAAAACACCAACAAAACCACAGCCUCCUCCAAGACGCCACUCUGCCACGUCAUUGGUGGGAAGUGAACAUGACCUGCACUUAAAUGAGAGUGUUAGUCAGGAUGAUUCCGGUGUCAGGAGGGGCAAGCGUCCUGCUCCACUGCCUCCUGACAGACCAAACCAGGCUCCAAGCCAGAUACAGAGAGACCAGAGUAUGACCAGUGUGAAUCAGGGACAUAAGGACAGAGUGGGUGCCUCCAUGUUCAAAGUUUCUCAACGUGUGGUACAGAUGAUCAAGCCACUGAGAUCUUCCUCCACAGCUACAACAGAGCACAUCAGUGGAGGCCAGUACUCUACCCACCAUGGGAACCAAGCAGAGGAACCCAUGCCAUCAGCCACUGGGGGGUUGGUGGUUGCGAAACACAAUAAAGGUCCAGCACCCUCCAGGCCCCAGCACCUUCCAGGGAAGACAAUGCCAACAGUUGAUGUGUUAGAUGAGCAAUCAAAUACUGAAGAACAUGACUCUUCGGUUGAGUUUGGUCCAAAUAAUCCCUUUGCAGAAGACUGCAGAAUGGAGAAGUCCUCUGGAUGUGGUGUAGAACAGAGUCUAACUGGUGAGCGCCAGGGGAGCCCGGACUCUCACAAUCAACAGAGUUGUACCUCCACAGAUGCAGAUCUAGGUCCGUUUCAGAAGCGUGUGGUUGGGGACACAACUGAGCUUCCAACACCAGAUGUUCUGCCAGCCGAGGAUGUCUCCUGUCCCACCAAAAGCACAUCAGCGAAGCGGGCCCGUGCUCCCUUGCCUCCAGUGAAGAUAACAUCCACCUUUAGAGAGGAGGGAGCUGGUAAACAGAGUUCUGGAAAACUACAAAGCCCAGGGGCUCCCACUUCGAGUAAGCUUUCCUCAGGUAACUGGGUAAAAAAGCAGAAUGGCGGGGUGGGUGUAGCACUACCAUGUGUUACACUUGCCCAGCCCCCAUGUUUCCCCUCACCUGCCCCCUCCUCCAUACCCCACCCCGAGCCCCUGAAGGGAUCAGGGGGCAGGAGAGACUGCCCUCCCCAGACAACAAGCUCUGUCCCUGGCCAGAAGACCCUGCUUCAUGCUGGAGCUUUGCCCUCCAUUACAGAGCAGUACAGUGGAGAGGAGGCAGGAGGGAGAGGGGACAGGUCUGCCUCAAGCACACGCAGGCCACACCCAGUAAAGCCCUUGAGUUCCCUGGAAAACCAGCCAGCUUCCAACAUCCAUGAGGGACAGGCUGGCAAAUCUACAGGGAUCCUCGGUGGCCUUCAAGAGAAGAUAAAGGUCAAAGACACAGGGGUCAAAGGUCCCUACUCCCAGCUGACCCAGGAAGAGCUGAUCUCCCUGGUGGUAAAGCAGCAGGCGCAGCUCUCCAAAAGGGACGAUAAGAUUAAGGAGCUGGAGCAGUACAUUGACAACCUGCUGGUGCGCAUCAUCGAGGAGCAACCCAGUAUCCUGAUGACCAUGAACUCACUCAAAUGA